AUGGCGGAUACGACAGUGGACGCUACACGUCGUUUAAAUGUCAAGAAACAAACGCUAGACGAUGCUUAUGCCGCGCCUGCAAAUUUUCUCGAAAUUGACGUGAUUAAUCCAAUCACGCACGGCGUCGGCAAGAAACGAUACACCGAUUACGAAGUUCGCAUGAGGAUAGUUGUGCCUCCAUUGCCAGGAAAGGCUUGGAAACGUCAAAUGCCUUUUCGAGGAGAUGAUGGUAUUUUUGAAGAAGAUUUUAUUGAAGAUCGGAGGAAAGGUCUAGAAGCAUUUGUUAAUAAGUAAGUAUACAUUGAGUUAAAUAUACAUUUCAUUCAUGUUUAGCACAUAAAAAUAUUAGUUGAAUUAAAGCAAAAAUCUUACAUGAUAUUUCAGAAUAGCAGGACAUCCACUAGCACAGAAUGAAAGAUGUUUACAUAUGUUUUUGCAAGAACCUGUAAUAGACAAGAACUACGUACCUGGAAAAAUACGUAAUACAUAAGUUAUAAUAAGAUUUAUUGCAAGUACAUAUAUUUUCCUCCCUCUCCACCUUGAAUGUAUAAAGUUAUAUUUGAAAGGUUAUUUUAAAUCUUUAAGUUAAAUUUACUUACUAAGAUCCUUCUAUAUUUAUGCAAUAUUUAAUCGAGCUUUUCACUGUGAUGUUGAAUUAGAACUUGUUUUUCAGAGAUUGUUGUGUUUCGAACACACAAUAAAAUAUUUGGAAGGAUCUUAUUAUUCAUAUCAUUAUCAGUGAUAGAAAAAAAUAAUAUAAUUAAUAAAGUUUUUUUCUUUUUAUUAUUUUUCUCUUUUGAUAAUGUUAUAAUUAUGCCGGUUUCGAUCAAAAACUUAUAAAAUGACAUUUUUUAUUUUCAAAAAUUGCAAUAUUAUAUACAACAGUUCAAUUAAUAUAUAAACAUGCGAAAUUAUGGAUUUUAAAAUAUGGCUUAAAAAAUAAAAUAUUAAGAUGAAAGCUGUUUAUUUACAAGUUGUUCAAUAGAAAAUAUAAUGAAAAUUUGACUUUUUUAAAUAAUAGCUUUAUCAAUUUUUUGUAUAUGGAUAGUAUCAAUGUAGUAAAAUAAAUUUAAUAUUUAAUACUUUACUACAUUGUUUUCUAUUGGAUAACUCGUAAAUAGCAAUAAGUUUAUUUGUAAACAGUGCUACUGCAAAUAAAUGAUAAGAUAAAUUGAUUUUAGAACAGAGGUAAACCUCUUAAAAAUUGUUUAUAAUUUGAUAUUUUCUGCAUAAGAAAUACUGUUAAAAAUCUAAAAUUUACUAAACUUGAAUCUUUGUUUAUUAAUGAUAAAAUAUAUAUAUAUAACUAAAACGUUUUGAAUCUCCUUGUUAUACUCCUUAUUUUAUUGUGAGAAUAGGAUGCAGGAAUAAUGUUACUUCUGUGUUGAAUAUAAAAGUAAAAUUAAUAAUUUGUACAUUGUGUUUUUAUAUUUAUAUUUCUAAACUUACAUUAGAAGCAACACAUUUUGAAUGUUUAUAAUUAUUAAAGGGACUAUGUACAGGGUAUAAAUUAAACUAUUUUACAGUGUUUCAUUUAAAUUAUAGUUUGUAUUACAAUGAUGCUUUUAUUAAAUAUAUUUUCCUUUUCUUCUUAAUAUAAAAUAAAUAUAUUUACGUGUAUAUACAAAUACACAUGUACAUACGAAAAAUUGUAUAUUAAUAUAAAUAAUAAAAAACAAAGAUUAAGACUGUCACUUAAAUAUCAUUUUUAAAGUUCUAACAUUUAAAUAAGAAAAUUUUAAUAGAACUUAUUUUCAAGACGUAUAUAAAACUUUUCAUAAAAAGAAGCACCAUUGCAAAUUCAAAAUUCAAUAUUAAAAAUUCGCAAAAUUAUUGUUCUUUUCUAUUUAUACUUCAUUCAUUUUAAAUAUGUUUAUAUACUCCAUAUUUAACAUACAUAAAUACUAUUGUAUUUAUUUUCGUUAUAAUAAAAUAUGUAAUUCCACUCUUUGUUUAAUGUCAAGCUUAGAACCUUUGAAAUUUAAACAAAUGUAAUAUCGAUAAUUUAUAUUAUAUGAAACAUUUUGUGACAUUUCUUCUAUAUAUAACAAAUCCAAUUACGUAACAUGUGUUUAUAAGUACACAUCCUGUUUAGUUCUAAUGAAUUUUUUAUUUUUGAAAUAUGUUUCUAUAUACUUACUUACACAGUCUUGUUCUAGAAAAUAGAAAUAAAAUACAUGCUGAAUAUAAAAAUACUUUUAUCAAAUAUGUUAAUAAUAUAUUUUAUUAGAUACUAACCAGGAAAUGUAUUUUCAAUAAUAAGCAUAUCAGCUAUAUGCUUUGCAACCACUUUAAAAAGCUGUCUAUUUUUAAUCCUUCGUUUUUUGUAGAAUGGCAUUAAGUGUUUUACGAUCCAUGGUGCUAUUCUUUCCUUACAUGCCGUUAAAUGUUCUUCUAUACAAAUUGGUGAAUCUGGCAUCAUUUCCUCAUCAGUUUCUCCAAAUAAUUCAAUAAAUUUUUCUUUAACUCUUCCAUGUUUUCUAUAAUUUUUUAAAGAUAAUUCUGUCAUCUUUGCCUUUAGUUUUGAUACUUGAUAUACACGUUCAACAAACCAAAUACUGUUUAUUCUUCGUUUUUGCUUAUUUUCCAGUGUCUCAUUUUCUACUGAUAAUAAUUUAUUACUUUCUCUAUUUUUCAUUUCUUUAUAAUAACUAAAACUAUACUUCCUCGUAUUUGAUGCUUUCAUAUUAGUGUUUUUACCAGAAUUUAUCUUCAUAUCAUUAUUUUCAUAUGUCUUAAUAAAACCAUUAGAAUUGUAUGGAAGAAGAGCAUUAAUUUCUUUAUCCAUAUUAGCUUCAGUAACACCUGAAUGUUUCUCGAUUAAUGUCGUAAGAUCGCUACUAUCAUCACUAUCGCAAAACAUAUUUUCCAUGUGUUGCAAAAGAGAAUCCUGUGAAUUCUCAUCAUUCAUCUGAAUAUUGAAUUGAUUUGCAAUCUGAGUAUUAGAAUUAUCUUGUAUAUAAUUAAAAAUAUUGCUAUGUUCUUUUUUUACUGUUUCUUCAUUUACUAACAUUUUAUAGCAUGUCUCUUCAUCUGAUUCAUUAUUAAUUUUAUUGUGUUCUAUAUCAUUAAAACUAGUAGAAUUGAUAGUGGGUGAAGCUGUAUUAUUACAGACAGUUAAUUGAGAGGAUAUAUCAUCUACAUAAUCUUUAGUUUUCACAUUUACAUUCUCUUUUUUAGAUUUUGAUGUUUCUUUUAUGGAGGGCAACUCUUUAGAAUUAGAUGUGAUACAAAUACUUUGAAUAUUGUCUGCUUUUUGUAACUCCGCCCAUGAAUUAAUUGUUUGAACUCCAAUAUCUACUUUAGAUGGUGGAGUUUCUAAAAAUAUCACUAAUUUUUUAUAGGCCUUUUUUUCUAAUGUAUGUGAUUUUACAUCUGAAAUCUAUAAACAUCUUAAUUUCAACUAUUAAUCAAUCUAUUAAAUUAAAUUAUAUUUAAUAAUUAGAAUUAGAAUUACCAAUUUCAAUAUAUUUUGCCUAUAUAAAGAGGCUUCUAAAGAUGAUCGUACUGCAAGCAAUUCCAUUUGAUUUGCACACAUUUUCAAUUGGUUACUCGGAAUCUCUUCAUCCUUCUCUUUAUAACAGAGGAUGUAAUUAGUAAGUAAACAUUUAUGAAGAUAUGAAAAAUAUACAGCACGAACCUAUAAUAUAAAUGUAAUACAACAUAAAUCGUUAAACUGAAACAAAAUUAACUUUUUAGCUAUUAAAUGCAUUACAAAUAUAGAUUGCUAUUUAAUUAAUUGUAAAAAAAUUGUUAAAUUCAAAUAUUUAUAAAUGACUCGAUGUAUUUAAAUUUUUAUUGGAAUAUUGGAUUUUAUACAGGAAACAUGCCGUAGUAGAUAACCGAAGAAACUCAUCAUUUGGAUCGGUGGGAAUAUGAAACUUGUUUGUUGAAAGUGAGGGUAUUGAUAUUGACAGGAGAUGGUUAAUAUCCUCAAGACUAAUAUUAUCAUCAUCGAUAUCCUCAAACUCUCCUUGUUCUUGUUUCAAUAUGAAUGAUAAAGAUGUAUCCAUUUGAUCGAUCGUUGUCAUUUUGUUUAACAAUCUUCAUCGAAAUCUUAUACAAAACAAUUUCGAACUUCUCAUUGACAAACACGGAAAAUAUUCACUGGACAAUAACAGUGAACGUUUGACAUUUUUGUAAAUCAAACAUUCAUCUAUUGUUUCUUAAUGUAAAUAUAAAUAGACAUUAGAAUUUAUAUCAAUAAAGCAAUUAAAUAUCUGAUUCUUGUUAUAUCAAAUGAAAAUAAUAAUAAUACACUUAUACUUCUUAUAUACACAUUUGAUUAUACAAUACUAAUUUGCUAGCACCUAACUUCACACGUAUUAGAAUUCAAAGUUCAUUGUACAGUAAGAUGAUUUUUCUAUAAUUUAUGACAUUCAGUAUUGUUAAUAAACUUUAGAUAUUUAACAAUUCUGUAAAUAUAAAUUUUAUAAAUAUAUAUAGUUUCAGAUUAUUAA